AUGAAACGACAAAAGCUGCCUGAACAUGAUAGUAAAUAUGAAGCACUUAGAGUUACUGAGUGGUGGCAAAUUGAACAGGCUUUCAAAUCUUGUUGCACCUUCGAUCCCACUUCUAGACCAUCAGCAUCCCACCUACUUGGCCUCUUCAAUUGUACUCAGCCAGAGCAGUUAUUUCAGCUUUAUCCAUUGUCGGUGAGUCAAGCAACAGCCCUCGAGCAGCAUGAUCAUGAAGUUGCCAUGGCAGUGAAUUCCGCAAACAGUUUUGAUCAGGGCGCUUCUAUAGAUGGCAGUGAAACCAACCCUGGUUUUGAUGAUAUGGUCAUGGACGUGGAUCCUCCACUAAGUAAUGGUGUAAAUUGUUGUGCAUUUCUCGCUCUUGGCGUGUGCGAUCGUUUCGUUCAAAAGACUGACUCAGCUAAAUAUUCAGAUACAACGUGUUCGUGGGAUGUUUUAAAAGAAGCCGCAGAGAAUGUAAUAAAUGAUCUUCCCCGGCAAAUAUCUCAAUUAAGAGACACGGAUCGGUAUUACGACGUGAGUGAAGCAAACGUGAUCCUUGCCCAUUCUGAUCAUCUGGCUUCAGAAUACGAUCUUUUCGAAGAAUGCAUAUCAGGAAACUACGUGUUCUCUCAUGGUUCUCGGGCAGAACUUGUUGAAGCACUAACAAGAAAGAUCGCUUCGUCAAAUGACGAUAUUUCCUUGCGAAUAGGCGUGUACACUUGUUCUCCUUAUAUAUUCACCAUUGGAACAUACAACGGUGCUCUGUUUCUCGUAGACACCCAUCCUAUAUCAGAAGAGCUUGGAGGGAAUCACAAUGGCUUGAUGAUGGUAACGCCAGAUUGUAGUGUUCAUUCAUGCGAGAUGCUCGUGCAAUGGAUUCUAAAGAGACUCAAACUUUCGGGUGUAAAAGAAGAUCAAUAUCAAAGUUUUUCUUGGGUCACUAAAUGUCAACAACGAGGUAAGUAAAUAGACUUUAUGCAUAAUGACGUCACAAGGCUUGAUUUCAGCGAGCUAUGCUGGUCUUACCAUUCACUAUUCAACGCCCGGGAAAAUUAAAAAAAUUAAAAAUGGCCACUAGCUAUCGCAAUUUUUCCGGGCGAUGACUAAUAAGAGCAACAUUCCUCGCGGGCAGGGGCGGCGGAACAGGGGGGGGGCUAGGGGGGCUAAGGCCCCCCCCCAGAAAAUUUGAAUUUUUUUGAAAAAAAAUUGAUAAUUAGGGAAAAAUUUAGGUUAUUUUUUGAAAAUUUAGGUAUAAGGGGACAAAUUUGCAAUAUUUUGUUUAAAAAAAGUGUAUUUCCGAAAAUUUUUUUUGAUAUAAGUCCGAAAAUUUUGUUUUCGUCCCUUCUUUUGUAUAUUGUACCCCUAAAGUGGUACACUGACCGGGGGGGAGGUCGCCGAAAACAUUUAGCCCCCCCAGAACGAAAUCUGUUCCGCCGCCGCUGCUCGCGGGCAUAAAGCCUUGUGGUUUAUGAGGUUUAUUAAUGUAGUACAUAGCCAUUUCUUGUCCGGGAAAUAACCAUAAACACGAUAAAAUGUUUCCAAGGGGCAACCCCCCGUUGUUUUUCACCAGCAGGGCAAAGGAGAUAAAGAGACCUUUUGCAGCAACAAAUUAAUGGCGUGUUUUCCCACUUGUCAGGAUGCGUUGUGAGCAAUUUUAGUUUGACUUUUAUACAGAAAACGCUAGAAAUUCCGUCAAGGUUAAAAAUAAUGCAAUCUUAUGUUGGAGAACCCAGAAACCUGCCAAUAAUGACUACUACAUUUUUCCAAAACAUCUAAAAGUGCCCCUGCACAAAAAUCUGACAGCGUUUCGUUAUUUUUAUUUUUCGUUGCCAACAUUUUGUCAAUUUCAUGUUUUAAGAACAAUUCCAGCACGUUUCUGAAAUAAAUGAAGAAAUACCGCCAAACGGUAUUCAAGACAUCAACGAUGAAAUAGUACAAACCUACACUGAUGUAAGUAACUUUAGUUAAACUAUUGUCUCAGCUGGCUAUGGGCCGUAUUAGCUAUUAACUUUGCUCAUACACACGCGUAAUACCGCACAACUUGUAACAAACCUGGAACAGGCUUGUAUAGCAAUGGUGUUACAACAAUUUGUUAACAUGGUGUGUUCGCACUACUUGUUCCCAGCUUGUUGACAAGUUAUUGCAGGUCUGUAGCAGACUUAAUUGCUACAAUGUUUUUCAUUAUGUAGACUUAUUACAAGGUUGUUACAACAACUUAUGAGUUCUGCAAUUCAACAACUUUGUAACAAGUUUAGCCAAUUUGUCACAACCUGUUCGCUUACCAAUGAAAAAAUAUGCAUAAUUUGUUUGUUAAGUGUAAUCAUGAAACCACUACCACCAAUGUACGAAGAUCAAACGAAACCUCAACGACCCAAGAAUUGAAAGAACGAGAAGUGCACACGGGUAAUUAUUAUUACUUAUAAGGUACAUUUCCCUUCCGAGUAUAUAUACUAUAAUCCUAUUUUCUUUUCUAUCAAUGUAAGUUGAUAUCAGAGACAGUGAUUCUUCGCGCUCGAAUGACUCAAUUGGCAUAGUGAAAAUUGUUCAGAAGAAGCCAUCGGUAAUAUUUGUUUUCCAUGCAAUUUUUAACGUUUAUAUACGGGUAGAAACCUUAAUAUUAUAUUAAGUAUUAUUUAAUUUUUUACAUUAUUACAGGAUAUUGAGAGCAGAGGAAUGCCACCAACCGAUAACUGUAAUUUAAGUAGCAACAUAGAAAACAGGUAAUUGUUACAGCGCUAUUCAAUCCUUUUACUGCGGAUUCACUAUUUUCAAUUCUAAACACUUAAUUUCAAGAACCAUGUAUAUAACAUCACGGCCGUCACCAUAAAGAAAAAUUAAACCCGGGAUUCAUUAUACUCAGAGACGUAGCGUAGCAUCUGGAGUUUGGGGGUAGGGGUGUCGGAGGAUUUUAAUCACCUCAAAUUUGAAUUUCAAUGUCAAAAAUUUACCUGAAGUUUAAUAAUUACAAUAAAGCUUUUUGUGAUUGACUUGGAUAGUCAUACUAAUUUUCGGGAGAAAAAGGAGUCUGGGGUGCCCUCCCGGAAAAUAUUUACAUUUUUUCAGCUCUAGAACUGCAUUUCUGGCGUUUUCUAAAGCAACUUCGCAAACGAAUAGGCAAUUCCAGCUUUUAAUUUUGUGCGUGCAGGGGAUAAUGGGAAGUAAGGUAUUACAUUGGUGAUUAUGCUGAAAAAUAAAAAUGGUGGCCGUGUAAACACGGAGUGAUAGCUUAUACUUGUAAAUAUUGUAAUAUUUCGGUAAUGUUUCGGUAGUUUUUAUUGAAAUUUUUCAGCAUAAUCAACAAUAUAAUACCUUACUUCCUCUCACCCCUGCAGGCAUAAACUAAACAUUUCACAGAAAUAACGACUUUAUUACGCAAAUUUUACCUGAAAAUCUCCGAAAAUAUUAACUUAAAUUUUAUCUGCAAUUUGCCUGAGUUUCGCAGUUGGGUGUAGUUUACAUCCCCACACCCCCGGUCUCUACGUCCCUGAUAAUUACGGUUACCUGAUUAAAUUUGGAGCUGCCUGACCCAUGAUUUGUGCAAAUUACAUGUUUGCAAUAUAUUUGAAAGAUUCUUAAAAUAAAUGCUAUCAAGUUGGUUUAAAUUAUCUUUCCUUGAUCGCUGGGAAUAUAACAAUACUAAUGUUCUUUGCAACUUGGAUUCUAGUUCGCAUGAAGAGCAGAGUUCGGAUGAAGACCAGAGUUCGGAUGAAGAACAUAGUGAUUUGGAAACUACGUUGUAUAACGGUGAUGCGUUGACCCCGUUUUCUCGUGGAAGAAAGAAGCAUUCAGUCACCAUGAUUUAG